GUUUUGAAGGAGUCCAACCUGAUAAUGCCGCAGUAGCGAACCCUCAGGAGAUUGAGAUGGCUGAAAGCCACAUGGGAGCGCCUACUGACAAGGAGGACCAGCCACUUCAUGAAGGGUCCCCGGCCAAGAAGGACGAUAACAAGGUCAACGACCUCUUCUUCAAGGAUGGCAAGCGACGUAUCGACUUUGUCCUGGCCUACCGCAAGCAGGAGAGUGAAGAGAGAGAGGAGAAGAGGGUGAAGAAGAGGCAGAACUUUGAGGCCAAUCUCAUUGACGAAGGACUUCAGCUCGAGUAUGAGAACUCAGAGGGGCCGGAGCCGAAGGAAGAUGACCCUGAAUCCCACGACGGUCGAACGUUCUUUGUCAAGGUUCAUGCUCCCUGGGACCUGAUGACUCGCUAUGCUGAGGAACUCAAGAUCAAGAUGCCCAUCGAGGAAAACAACAUGGAGGAGCCAGUUAAUGUAUUCAACUGCAUUGACAAGCUGUGGACUCCCUUUGAGCUGAGUGAGGAGUACGUGAAGCCUGAGCCUGAUGUCUUCACAGCCCCGUUCAUCAGGGACAGAGCCUCUGAAUUCAUCAUGGAGAGCCAGGAUACCUUCUUCCCCAACAACAUCCGCAACCGUGUGGUGUACGAGAUCUUAGAGAGGAUGCGCUACGAUGCAAAUGAUCCAGCCAAGUUUGGAAUCGAUCACCUGAUCGCUAACGGAUCCUACUUCGCUGCCUACCCACUUCACGAGGGAGAUUACAAGAGCAAGCACUCCCUUCUGACCCAUGGCCCUCAGAACGAUAGACAUCUGCUGUACGAAGAGUGGGCAAGGCCAGGAAGAUGGUACAAGAAGCAACCCCUCGAUCUGAUCAGGCGCUACUUUGGUGAGAAGAUUGGUAUCUACUUCUGUUGGCUGGGAUUCUACACUGAGAUGCUGACAUGGGCAGGCUUUGUAGGUCUGAUUGUCUUUCUCUAUGGAUGUAUCUCUCUACCCAGCAGUGUGGUUGUGCAAGAGAUCUGCGCCGGAACCGAUAUCAUCAUGUGUCCUCUGUGUGACAAACGAUGCCCGUACUGGACGCUAUCUGACAGUUGUUUCUACUCGAAGUUGACGUACCUGUUUGAUAAUGAAGCGACCGUCUUCUUUGCCUGCUUCAUGUCCCUCUGGGCCACCAUGUUCUGCGAAUUCUGGAAAAGAAGGCAGAACACGAUUGACUACGACUGGGACUUGUUUGGCUUUGAAGAACAGGAGGAGAACAUUCGUCCCGAGUUCGAGGCCAAGGCCCCAGACAGGAGAGUCAGUCCCAUCACCAACCUGACCGAGCCUUACAUGAAGUUCUCGAGAAAGUUCCCGAGAUUCUCGGCAUCUAUUGCAUCCAUUUUCUUCAUGAUUCUGCUUGUUAUGGCCGCCGUGAUGACCGUCAUCGUCUACAGGAUCGUCGUCAAGACGGCCAUCUUCGCCAUCGAUCAGGAAUUCAUCUCUUCGUAUGCCUCCAUCAUCACCUCGGUUACGGCUUCCAUGAUCUCGCUCAUCCUCAUCAUGAUCCUGCAGAUACUGUACGAGCGUAUUGCAGUUUGGCUGACUAAUCUAGAGUUGCACCGUACUGAGACAGAGUACGAAGACAGCUUCACCUUCAAGAUGUACCUCUUUGCAUUCGUCAAUUACUACUCUACCAGUUUUUACAUUGCUUUCUUCAAGGGCCGCCUACCCGGUACCCCAGCUGACUAUGGACGUGUUUUCGGAAUAUGGCGUCAGGAAGAGUGUGACCCUGCUGGAUGUAUGCAAGAACUCUUCAUUAAUAUUGCUAUCACUAUGUGCGGAAAGCAAUUCUUCAACAACUUCAUGGAGCUGGCUAUGCCUGUCCUGAUGAACUUCUGGCGUUCUCGUACCGGUCGCAAGGAGGAGAAGAGCGGCAAGGGACGUUAUGAGCAGUGGGAACAGGACGCUGACCUGGCCGAUCUUGGACCACGAGGGCUCUUCAAGGAAUACCUCGAGAUGGUCGUUCAGUUUGGUUUCUCCACCAUCUUUGUGGCUGCUUUCCCUCUGGCUCCUCUCUUCGCUCUUCUGAACAAUCUCGUUGAGGUCCGUCUCGAUGCCUACAAAUUCAUCUCUCAGCUCCGACGACCAGUCGCCAAGAGAGCCCAGGAUAUCGGUGCUUGGUAUGCAAUCCUAGUCACCGUUGGAAACCUGUCUGUCUUAACCAAUGCCCUUGUCAUUGCCUUCACGUCCGAGUUCAUCCCGCGUCAAGUCUUUAAGUAUUACUACGGAGGACCCGAGGCAACGCUCAACGGCUAUACCAACUGGUCGCUCUCCUACUUCAACACCGUGGACAUGCAGAAUGAUUCUAAGCCCACAGAUCCGAGUUACCCCAGGGUUGGUGAUGAGGACACCACGGACCCCAACUAUGGAUUGAACGUAUCCGUAUGCAGAUACCGUGGUAACUACGAUGAACAUUAUAAUGUCACCCUGGACUACUGGCUGGUCAUCGCCAUUAAGCUGGCCUUUAUCCUGCUCUAUGAGCAUUUCGUCCUAUUCACCAAGUUCUUUGUGGCAUACAUCAUUCCCGACAUGCCCGAGUUCGUCAAGAACCAGAUCAAACGCGAGACCUACCUCGGCCAGCAGGCCCUGCGUACGGCCCUCACGGAGCAACGCGGCAAGAGCAAGAAGUUGGUCCCGCCGGGUGGACCGGAAGUAGAGCAGGCCGGCGCCGCUGGGCCUUAG